CAUGCUCGUGUUCGAAUUGGGUUUUCAUUUGCAGCAAGCGCUUUGCCUCGGCCUCUUCCUCGAUUUUGCGAACUCGUUCUUCCUCCUCCUGUUGCUUCCUGAGCGCUUCACGCCUCAUCUCCAUCGCUUCUCGCUCUCGGCGUUCGUUGUCGGCUUGCAUUUUCGCCAUUUGCUGUCUUUGUUGAUCGAGGGCAAUUUGCAGCUGACGCUGUGCCUCUUUAUGCUCCUCUUGAAGAGCAGCGAGCCUAGCUCUCUCUGCUUCCCUUUUGCUGCUUCGGAACAUGUUGCUGAACUUUUUCUUUUCGGGAAUCGAAGGCUGGUACAGGGUCUUGGAUGCUAAUGACUCUCCGCCUGUUGGAGGCACGAAACUACCCACUCGUCCGCUUCGAGCUCGCGAAAAUUCUUCAGGAGUUUUUGGGGAAUCAGAGCUCAAAGCGCUGCGAGGUGUAGUUGAGUUUGCGAAAUCAAAAGAGGAUCGAGCAUCUGCCAUGACGGAAUGAAAAAUAUACUAGGGACUUCCAUGGAUGCCCGCUUCUUCCAUUCCCUGACCAUGAAAUGCUCACCUUGAGAGGGCCUUAUUCUGUCCACUUUCUCUUCCAUCAGGCUGAGGUGGCGAAGCAGUGCCUUCGAUCCAGACAGUCGCGGCAAGACCCGUUCCUCAGCCUGAUCCUAUGCAUGUGGGCUUUCUUGGCCCCUACAGCACUUCAAUUAAAACGUUUGAUUAGCGUGCAUAUAGUUUACCUAAAUCUGUCGCUAAAAUACGAGGCCGUGCGAGCGAUUAUUGUGAAGGACGAACCUGGGUUAGAGUUACAUUUCUCAUAAUGAGAUCACUUGAUCAUAG